AUGGAGGGGAGUGAAGCCUCAGAGAUACCUGACCUGUGCAGAAGGGAGGCUUUCUUUUCUAGUCGUCUGCUGUUUGUUCUGGUGUCUGUUGAUCAGCACAGCCGGCCGCCAUGCCCACCGAUGCCCAAAGCGAUGCCCGGUCCUUCCUGACCGAGGAGAUGAUUGCUGAGUUCAAGGCCGCCUUCGACAUGUUCGACACCGACGGCGGUGGUGACAUCAGCACCAAGGAGUUGGGCACCGUGAUGAGGAUGUUGGGUCAGAACCCAUCGAGGGAGGAGCUGGACGCCAUCAUCGAGGAGGUGGAUGAAGAUGGCAGCGGAACCAUCGACUUCGAGGAGUUCUUGGUCAUGAUGGUGCAGCAGUUAAAGGAGGACCAGGCUGGAAAGAGCGAAGAGGAACUUUCAGAAUGCUUCCGUAUUUUUGACAAGAACGGAGACGGUUUCAUCGAUCGCGAGGAGUUCGGAGACAUCCUCCUCAAAACCGGAGAGAACGUUGCGGAGGAAGAUAUCGACGAGAUGUUUGGAGAGUCAGACACAAACAAAGAUGGAAAGAUUGAUUUUGAUGAGUUUCUGAAGAUGAUGGAGAACGUCCAGUAACGAGACCAACAUUCCUUCCUUCCUCUGGGAGAAAACGAUGGAAAAUCUGCUCCAUAACCUGAAGAACGUUGUGGUUCCUGAGAUGUGAUACAAACAAGCCCCCGACCCGCCCGUCCGGCUGAGGAUAUCUAUAAAUAUCCACUCAAACCUUUUAAGACGAAGACGCUUUCCCCCCUCGGACACCUCAGAGCGUCGGACGCCCAGCUGUCCUCCUUUAGCAGCUGCUGUUCCUCCAGAAAUGCUACACCGUCGAGCUCCAACCCCCCAACCUGAACCUCCUCUCCACUCUGAUCUGCUUUCUAAAUAAAUCCACUUUUCUUCUUUCA